AUGGGCAAGCCGUGUAUAAGCUCACGCCUGCGUCGGGGCAGCGUCACGCUCCACGUGCGCGCCAGGGACCUCGCCUGCAAGUGCCCUAAGCUCAAGAUCAACAAGUCGUACCUAAUCCUAGGAGUGGAAAAAGAAGGCUACGCGACGGGACUGCCGGGACUGACGGUCGGCGACCGCACGCUGCUGCUGGAGUGGCGCGACGACUGGCACCGCCGCAUCCGCCGCCUGCAACGCCGCGCCAUCAACUGCCACUAGGCGCCAAGGAUGCCAAGUCAAGUGCCGUUAGUACAGUUACUACGGCACUCCGUUAGUUGCAGAUUAUUUGCCGCUAGUUACAGGUCGUUUGCUAGCUAUAGCGACUGCCGCUAAUCGUAGAAUAACUUCAGCUAGCAGCGGAAUGUCAGCUACAAGACAUUAAGUGACUGCUGCUAGUAGCAGGAUGUCUUGUGGCUGUAGGGUAGCUGCCGCUAGACGCGGUGCCCCUACUAGCCGUAGAAUGUCUUCUUCUAGCUGUAAGAUAUCUGCUGUUAGUUGCAACAUCUACUGCUAGCCUUAAAGUAACUGCUGCUAGCUCAAAAAAAACUGUCGCUAGUUUCAGAGUGUCUGUCACUAGCCGUAAAAUGUCUGUCUCUAGCUGUAAAGUAACUGCCACUAGCAGCAAAGUAGCUGCCACUAGCGACAAAGUAACUACUGCUAGCAGCAGAGUAACCGCUACUACCAGAAGGCAACUGCCACUAAAGUAGCAGCAAAGUAGCUGCCACUAGCGGCAAAGUAACUGCCGCUAGUUACAAAGCCUCUUUUGCUGUCGCUAGUAGUAGAGUGUUUGCUCCGUAAAAUAAUAGCUGCUAAUGGCAGGGAGUC